AUGCCUGCCGCGACUCGAGAUCACCUCCUGUCCGCUGCCCAGGCCUUCUGCGAUGCCUUUGCAGGCCAGAAGCCUCCCGAGGAAAUCUUCAGCCAUUUUUCCGCCUCGGAUGAUGUCCUCGCUCUCGAGCACGGCUUGCCGCAACUGGCGCCCUUUCUGGGCCGAGAGUUUCGUGGUCAGAAGGGUCUCCAGGAGUAUUUCCAGCUCUUGUCUUUGAACCUGAAUUAUGAGAAUAUGCUGUUCAGUAACUUCGUGGUCGAUCCACAGGUGUCCAAGGUGUCGGUCCGUGGAGAGGCCAAGUUUAACUGGACGAGCACCGGGCAGAGCUGGGAUGAGGUUUUCACGUAUGUUCUCGAGUUCGAUGAGAAAAACAAGGUCAAAGUGUACGAGAUAUGGGCCGACUCUGGUGCCGCAUACCUGGCCAGUAAAGGUCUGCUUAAGCAGUAA